AUGGCUUCAGACGCCAAAGAUAAAGACUCCAUCGUCUUCUUUCAUCCUGAUCUUGGUAUUGGAGGUGCUGAGCGUCUCGUCGUCGAUGCUGCGGUCGGGUUGCAGGAGAGGGGCCAUCGCGUCGUGAUAUUUACGAAUCACUGCGAUCCGAAGCAUUGCUUUGAUGAGUGUCGCGAUGGAACUCUCGAUGUCCGUGUUCGCGGCCACUGGCUCAUUCCAAUGUCUAUCCUCUCGCGCCUCACUAUCCUCUGCGCCAUCCUUCGUCACGUCCAUCUUCUUAUUCAGAUUGCUCUGUCCGGCGAACUACAAGCCCUACGACCCCGCGCCUUCAUCGUCGACCAACUAUCCGCCGGCCUACCUCUCAUGCGAUACAUAGCUCCAUCCUCGCCAAUCCUCUUCUACUGCCACUUCCCCGAUCUUCUCCUCGCGCAGGGCCGCGAAUCUGCCCUCAAAAGGUUGUACCGACGCCCAUUUGACUGGCUUGAGGAAUGGACCAUGGGGUUUGCAAGCGCUGUGGCUGUGAAUUCGGGUUUUACAAAGGGUGUGGUCAACAAUACGUGGCCGAAUUUGAAGAAGCGCACGGAGACGAAGGUGGUGUAUCCUUGUGUGGAUACGGAGGUCAAGGAUAAGGAGGAUGUAGGCAGUGAUGACGAUGUUCCGUUCAAGGGAGAAAAGAUUAUUCUCAGCAUCAACCGUUUUGAGAGGAAGAAGGAUAUUGGUCUUGCGAUCAAGGCCUUUGCUGCGAUUCCUGAAGCUGAGCGCAAAGGAUGCAGGCUCAUUCUUGCAGGCGGCUACGAUCCUCGCGUCGCCGAGAAUGUCCAAUAUCACUCUGAGCUCGAGGCUCUCGCCUCGUCUCACGGUCUCGAGCACCUCACCACCAAGACCCUCAUCACCGCUCUAUCUACACCUCCAACCGUGCCCGUUCUCUUCCUCCUCUCGAUCCCCAACUCCCUCAAGGCAUCGCUCCUCCGCUCCGCACGCAUUCUUCUCUACACACCCGCCAACGAGCACUUCGGCAUCGUGCCCCUAGAAGCUAUGCUCGCUCGUACACCGGUACUAGCUGCUGAUUCAGGAGGCCCCGUAGAGACAAUCGUUGAUGGCGAGACGGGAUGGCUGCGAUCGCCGAAGGAUGUGGAUGCCUGGGCUGAUGUUGUGCGCAGUGCGCUGAGACUUAGCGAUGCUGAUGUGCAGAAGAUGGGCGAUAAGGGUGCUGUGAGGGUGAAGGAGCUGUUUGGGCGGGAGCAGAUGGCUAAGCGCUUUGAUGAAAUCCUGGUUGAUAUUGUCAGCAAGAAGUCCCCCGUUUCUGCGAUACGAACAGUCGUCAACGCCGCCGGGGUCUUGCUAUUUAACUAA